UCGGCUCGUUCGGUUGUCUUCGGUCGGAUUGUCGGAUGCUCGGAGUUUCGGCUAAGGAUAGUGAUACCCUCUGCUGGAUUAUUUGUUUGUGUCCUGUUGUCGGGUCCUAAGAAGGGUGGGGGGUUGUGUUUGGAGAAAGAAUAUUCUUCUUUUGGGUGGACUCGGUUGAGGGUUUGUUUUGGUUUUAGUUUUUGUGUUGGCUUGUCUGGAUCUAAUGUCAAUUCGUUUUGGUAAAAGCGCCCGAUGAGUUUGUGCGUGUUUAUACUUAAUAGUAAAAUAAUUCUCGGAAGAGCUCAAAGUUCGUGUGAAAAGUUCAUCUGUGCUCAUCAUAAGAAUGUUUCGUGUUUACAGUCGAUUGUCGACAUCCAGUGCAGGCCAAAUGAUUAUUGUUUUGAGUAACACGACGGCGUAGCAGCUAGUGUGGUCAAAAUGUAUUUCAAGUCGUGCAUAAGCCGGAAGAUAGUGAUCGGAUUUAUCUGUUUCCUGUUACAAAUUGGCCACGGGAUUAGCCAGCUGGUCAUCAAUGUACAAAAUCAGGGAGGCGAAGUUGUGCAGGAGACAAUAACGUCCAGCGUAAACGAUGAUACGUGCACGCUGGAAUUUCAGCGUAGUGACGGCACACUCAUAACGAAGCUGAUAGACUUCCGAAACGAAGUCCAAGUCCUCAAAGCGCUCGUUCUCGGCGAGGAAGAACGUGGUCAAAGUCAGUACCAGGUGAUGUGCUUCGUGACCAAAUUUCAGAAAGGAGAUUUCAUCACUGCCGAUGCGAUGGCAAAAUUGCGACAGAAAAACCCCAGCACAAUCCGAACGCCGGAGGAGGACCGGGGCAAGGAAAACUACACGAUGACGGGCUGGGUGCAGCUGGAUCGGGCUUAUCCGAUUUCCCGGCACAUUUCCCCGCUCUGUCUGGAGGCACCGGAAGCCACCUAUGCCCGGGACGUGGACCUGAAGGCGUGGGCCGAACUGCCAGGAUCCUCCAUAUCGAUUCUGGAAUCGGCGGUUAAACCGUUCCCGACGACCAACACCGGCGGCAGCAGUCCGGCUUCGUCCCGCUGCAGCGACGUGUCCGCCAUCUGGGCUCCCUGCAUCUGCUCCCUGGAGAUGUGCAUCGGAUGGUAUCCUUGUGGCCUGAAGUACUGCAAGGGCAAACCGGACAACAAUCCGCUGCUGAACGGCGGCGCUGGAGGAACUUCCAGCUAUCGCUGUGGCAUCAAAACUUGCCGCAAGUGCCAUCAAUACUCGUACUACGUGCGGGAAAAGCAGCAGUGCCUGUGGGAUGAAUGACGACCGCGUCGAACGGAAUUGCCGACAUGGAUCAGCAUAAGGAUCGGGGGGAAGGAUCAACACAAUCGAACGACAACGACGACAACCCCGAAGAAGGAGGACCCCGACGACGAGAUGAACGACGUCAAAAACUCUACAACAACAACAACUAGCAUUAAGCCUUACGAUUAUAAGUCUAACGAAUCUAGCAUAAGUCCUGGCCGGAAAGUCCGACCGGAAACAGUCAAACAACAAAAACCGCGAACCGGAACAAUCAGUGAAUUUAGUUUUAUACUUCGAGAUGAUAGGAAACCGGUAACGAUCGCGGAUACAGAGUCCGAAGGUAGGAGCGAUCGGUUCUGGAUCGUCCGGAAUCGGAUGUUUCCGCCGACGGAUAUCUUAGAGCUCGGUGCAGCUUUUGUGUCGCCGAGGGUGUAUGAGAAGAUCAAUAAAAUUAUUUUAUAGCACAAAUGAGAA